AGGAAGGAAAGGGGACUACCAGUACUCAAACAGGCUCUAUAUAUUUUAGAGGGUGAAGGCUGCAAGAGUGCAGAGAGAGAAGAAGAUCAUAGAGAGCAACGAGCAAAAAUAAGUCCAAAAAGACACCAACAAAGCAUAAAGGAAAAGGAAGGCUCUAUUGAAGGCCAAGGAUAAAAGGGGUCAUUACCACACAAUCGUGGCAGAAGUAUAAACACCUACCAAGUGAAAGAGAUUUGAGAGAGAAAGAGAAUUGAAGUUCAAAACAAAACCCUUUGGCCUUUCUCUUUCACCACCCCCACUCCCACCCCCACAAGAGAAAGUAACUGAUUGAUCCUUCAACACAUGUGAUAGAACCACAAGACAGAACUAGAAGAGACCACAAUCAGUACUACUCAUCCCUUGGAUCAAAAGGAAUUAAGCUCUAGUUCCUUUUUCUUAUAGUCAAUCAGACAAAACAGAAAAUACCCUCACCUUUCUGACAUUUGAACCCUCAAAUUUUCCUUCUCUUUUCACUACACCAUCACAUAUAAAGCUUUCGACUUUGGAGUUUUAUUCACACAGCCAUAGCUCUCAGAAACAACACGCAUAAAUAGAGGGAGAUGAAAAAGGAAUUAGAAGAUCAAGGUCAGUGUUCCUCUUUACCAAUCGAUACCAAAAACAACAUUCAAAGCUACCAAGAACACCUCCUUCAACAACAGAUGCAACAAAACAGUGACAUCUUUGGGGGUGGUGCUUCAAGAGGGCUAAUGUUCCCACCUGAAGUCUCUCCAACCUUGCAACAACAAUCAUGGUCCAUGCCUCCGGUUCACUCCUUCAACUCCAACCCGGUUCACUACAUCAACAACAACAACACAAACCCGGUUCAUCAUCAUCAUGAGCAAGCACCAUUUCUUGUCCCUCCUCCCACAACACCUUCACCCUAUGCAAGCUUCUUCAGCAGCAGAAGGGUUGUCCCUUCUCUUCAGUUUGCAUACGAGGGUCCCUCUUCUCAUCUUGAUCACCACCACCAUCUGAGGAUCAUUUCUGACACCCUUGGACCCAUGGUUCAACCCGGUUCAGCAGCACCCUUUGGACUCCAAGCCGAGCUGGGAAAGAUGACUGCUCAAGAAAUCAUGGAGGCUAAGGCUCUUGCUGCUUCAAAGAGUCACAGUGAAGCUGAAAGAAGACGUAGAGAGAGAAUCAACAACCAUCUUGCCAAGCUUCGCAGUUUGCUUCCUAACACCACCAAAACAGACAAAGCUUCGUUAUUGGCAGAAGUGAUUCAACACGUGAAGGAGCUGAAGCGCCAAACCUCACUCAUAGCAGAAACGAGUCCAGUGCCAACCGAAUCAGACGAGUUAACCGUUGAUGCAGUCGACGAAGACGGAAAGUUCGUGAUCAAAGCCUCUCUGUGCUGCGAAGAUAGGUCAGAUCUCUUGCCUGACCUAAUCAAAACACUAAAAGCGUUGAGACUCAGAACCCUCAAAGCCGAAAUCACGUCCCUUGGUGGACGUGUGAAGAACGUGUUAGUCAUAACCGGUGAUGAAGAUAAUUCAAAUUCAAACACCCAUAAUGGAGAACAAAGCAUGCAACAACAACAACAACAAUUCUGUAUUAGCUCAAUUCAAGAAGCACUCAAGGCAGUGAUGGAGAAGAGUGGUGGUGGGGAUGAAUCAGCUUCUGGGAAUGUUAAGCGCCAAAGGACUACUACUAAUAAUAAUAUCAAUAUCCUUGAACAAAGGUCUUUAUGAAUUAAUAAUAUAUUUUUUCUAACUAAUUAUUAUAUUAUAUAUUUUCUCUAAUUAAAGGACCGAUAUAGUAUAUAUACUAUCAUGUUCUCACCUAAUUAUCUUUGAUUUUCUUUAUAUUAGGUUUUUAUUUUUAAUUUAUGUUUGGUUUUUGGUGUGUUAAAAAAAUGUCAUCAUUUACUACUACUAUAAUGUAUUUUGUCCAUCAUGGUGGUCAUCAUGAAGCAAUGAGGUAAUGGUACAUAAUGUGUGGUCUUUGUACAUGUACUUGUUUGCUUGUGCUGAAUCCAAAGAGAGAGAAUUAGAGGGGUCUAGGUUAGGGAAAGGAACAGAAAAGGAUCUUUUUCGUGGGAAGAGAAACCUUAUAUUAAAUCCUAACAUGGAAAAUGAGGCAUUGAUUGCUCUCUGUGAAGAGAGGAGAAAAUGCCAUCUUCAUUAAAUUCGAACAUAUAUAUACUAGUAGUAUGCUGCAGCCACAGCUGCUAGGAGCUGUCUUUGUUUUGUUUUGAAGUUUUCUUAUUCUUGUUGUGUAAGUAUCUUUGUUUAUUUAUUUUCUUGUUCUCUUCACUCUCUGAUCUAUUCAGAUUUGAGAGAGUAGAAGAGUGUGUGUGCAUC